GGAGAGUUGAGCUGAGGCGACUCGCGUCGGGCUGGUUCUCCUUGUUGCUGCUGUUUUGAAUCUACAAGACAAAGAAUUGGAAGGCAUUAAAUUUGGUUGAAUUGUAAAUAAGCAGAUCUUUUGCAGUCUGGCAAAAUGGCUGACAGUCCAAACUGUGAUUUGAAAUCUCUCAGUCCGCUCCAGCUGUUUGAAAGAGUAACUGAACAAGGAGAGAAAGUCAGAGCACUGAAGGCAGGAAAAGCACCAAAGGAUGAAAUUGAUGCAGCAGUGAGGAUGCUGUUAUCAUUAAAACUGUCAUAUAAAACAACAACAGGGCAAGAUUACCAGGCAGGUUUGCCUCCAAAGGAUCUUGUAUUAAUAAACAAUGGUACAACUAAGGAAGAGGACGAGGAUGUUGUGGACCCCUGGACUGUACAGACAUCAAAUGCUAAAGGCGUGGAUUAUGAGAAACUCAUAGUUCGGUUUGGCAGCAGUAAAAUUGACACAGAUCUGAUCAAUCGAAUAGAAAGAGCUACUGGGCAAAAACCUCACCGCUUUCUACGUAGAGGAAUCUUUUUUUCUCACAGAGAUAUGGACCAAAUCCUUGAUGCUUAUGAAAAUAAGAAGUCCUUUUACCUUUAUACAGGCAGAGGGCCAUCCUCUCAGGCAAUUCAUGUUGGUCAUCUUAUCCCAUUUAUAUUCACAAAGUGGCUGCAAGAAGUAUUUGAUGUUCCCUUAGUUAUACAGUUAACUGAUGAUGAGAAAUACCUUUGGAAAGACCUGACCACUGAGAAGGCAUAUGAAUAUGCUAGAGAAAAUGCAAAAGACAUCAUUGCAUGUGGUUUUGACAUCAAUAAAACCUUUAUCUUUUCUGAUUUAGACUAUUUGGGGACGAGUACCGGAUUCUACAAAAACAUUGUCAAAGUUCAGAAGCAUGUUACAUUUAACCAAGUGAAAGGAAUCUUUGGUUUUACAGACAGUGAUUGCAUUGGAAAGAUCAGCUUUCCUGCUAUUCAAGCUGCUCCAUCCUUCAGUUCAUCAUUUCCACAGAUCUUCAAUGGCAAGGAGAACAUUCAGUGUCUUAUCCCAUGUGCUAUCGAUCAGGAUCCUUAUUUUAGAAUGACCCGAGAUGUAGCACCUAGAAUUGGACAGCCUAAACCAGCCUUACUGCACUCAGUCUUCUUCCCAGCCCUACAAGGAGCACAGACAAAAAUGAGUGCUAGUGACCCAAACUCCUCCAUCUUCCUCACUGAUACACCCAAACAAAUCAAGACAAAGAUUAACAAGCAUGCCUUCUCAGGAGGCAGAGAUACUAUUGAAGAGCACAGGAAGUACGGAGGUAACUGUGAUGUCGAUGUGUCUUUUAUGUACCUGACUUUCUUCCUAGAAGAUGAUGAUAGGCUUGAACAACUGAAGCAGGCAUACACAAGUGGGGAAUUGCUCACGGGGGAGCUGAAGAAGGUUCUUAUUGAAACAUUGCAGCCCUUGGUAGCAGCUCAUCAAGAGAGACGGAAGCAGGUCACGGAUGAAAUGGUGAAGCAAUUCAUGACUCCACGGAAGCUAGCUUUUGAAUUUUGAAGAACCGCAUAUGUAACUUACCACUUGAUAAGCCAAAACCAAGUAAUUGUUGUCUUCUGUUUUAUGUCAUAAUUCCCUAGUUAUGUGCAGCCUGCAAUCAGUGCUUUAUAAAUAUUGCUUUUAAUGAGUUAAUUACAAUGAACAUCAGAGUACAGGAAAAGUUUAAAAUAGGACUCGUAUCUAUUUAAAAUCAGGAUAUACAAGACAAAAUUUCCCAAUCUUGCAGAAAAGCAUGUCUGUCAGCACAACACUGUAUUUUGUUGUAUUUCAUGUUGAAAAUAUAAAUAAAACUUCAAUUUUGAUGAUAAAGCCUAACUUGUAAAUUGGUUUAGAUAUGUUGGUAAGAGGUCAUGUCUCAAAUUAAUAAGUAGUAGCUCCAUUUUCUUUUGUCCUGUGUACCUUGGUUUACUAGACUGCAUGUCCUUUUGGGCUACUGGGAACAUGCUGCACACAAAAAGAUAGUGAACGUUACGAAGUAGAUUACACAGUGACUUAGGCCUGGCAUCAAUACCAAAAGAAUGGAGAUACGCGAGUUGAACGUGGGAGAAAGAAUAUCAGGCUGGUUUUGUUAUCGUCUUUCUCUUUGACCUGGGGCAAGUCACAGAAAUCUCACUGUACUUUUGUUUCUGCAGCUAUUUAACUGGUCUGAUGGCUUCUGGAGGGAGGAGGUUAUCACAAGGUUGUAAAGCUCCUUCAUAUUCUCAGGUGGAAGAUAGUAUAGAAAUGCAAAUUUUAGUUUCUAGUUAUAAAAAAUACCAAGUGUUAAAUCAUGCUGUGAAAAUGAAGUUGCUGCUAGACACAGGGAUACUUCUAGUACUGUCUGUUGUGUUUUACUGCACCAGGACGUUUAAACUAGGGGCACAUAUUUUAAGAUGUAUUCCAGUGAGAAAAUAUACUUUGUUAAAAUACCUCAUGUAAUAUUUAAUUAUCUCCUUCAAUGUCUUUGCUAUGAUUUACGGAAGAAAAAUUCAAAUCACUAGCUAAU